AUGGCUGAGCGCGAAAUCCAAACACCCAAGCUGAAGUUUGGAAAUAUUUUGGCUUCUAUGAAGUUGAAGGGGGGAAAGAAGCUGGACAAGAGCCAAACUAUUUCCUCAGGUCCCUCCAGAUCCAGGAGAGCUGCUUCCACUCAGAUGGCUGAUCUGGAGGUUUGGAGACCCAGUUCUGACAGUUUAGCUCCUCUGUCUUCUGAGUUUACUGGUUCUGUGUUAACAGGUCAGGAUCACUGGAAGAGGCAGAGCGGCAGCCAGCAGAGCCCAGAUGGUGGAUUGUCAGGCCGCUCCAGACCCAGUCGGAGAGUUGGAAAGUUGAGUCUUAGCAGCAGCGGGUCGUACAUCGUUGAGUGGAGGUGGAGUGGCCACGGAUCGGACGGCCCAAGUGAGCAGGACAGUUGUGGCCACUGGAGUUCGUCCAUGUCCGACAGCCUCCAGGAGAUGAUGUGUUCUCCGCUGCCAGGUCAGGUUCCUGUGGAGCCAAAAGUGGCUUCCAUUGGCCUGCCAGCUCAGGGUGCCGUGGAGGCGUCUCCUGCGAACAAGAGCUCAGCAGCAAAACCUACAAAAUAUAGGGAGAAGAAAGGACUUUGUGGUUUCCUCAGGAGCGUGUGGAAGGCUCUGAAACGUCAUUUCGGCUGCGGUUGUCACUGUAGUGCCAUGACUGUUGUGGAGCCUUUCGUCCCUCCACCAGAUCUGGACCCAGAGCCUGACCCAGAUCACUCAGCCGUCAAGCACAAUAAUGAGUCCUUCGCUUCUCUCUUCAAGGUAGGAAAGAUGAUUGGUUGCGGGGGAUUUGGCAGGGUGUACGAGGGGAUACGGAGAUUUGAUGGCAAAAAGGUUGCCAUCAAGCAGAUCAGCAAGAUUGACAACAAUCGUUAUCUUGCUAUACCUGGGCAUCCCGAACCUCUCGUAACAGAAGUGGCGCUGCUUCUAAUGAUGAGGCAAGAACCCAGAAGCCCCUACGUCAUACAGCUGCACGAGUGGUUUGAACACCCUCGAAAAUUCACUCUCGUCAUGGAGUACCCCGAACCUUGCGAGAGCUUGCUGGCCUUUAUCAACCGUAACCCUGAACUGGAUGAACCUACGACACGGGUCAUCAUUAGACAGGCUGUGCUGGCAGUACAACACUGCAUCGAACGUGGCGUUUUUCACAACGACGUUCAUGCCGGAAACUUCCUGAUAAAGAAAAACACACUAGAGCUCAAGCUGAUUGACUUUGGCUGCGGUCAGCUUCUUAGUAGCGACGGCUACGAGAGCGGAGUGUACCUUGGAAUACAUACCUACCGCCCACCUGAAGUCUUCACUGACACGAGAUUCCACGCCGUCCCAACUAAUGUCUGGGCUCUAGGAGUGUUGUUAUACGAGAUGACAAACGAUUAUCCUCCUUUUGACAAUAAAAUGGAAAUCAUACGAGGCAAAGUUAUAUUUGUGAACUCCAACUUAUCCAAAGGAAAUGACAAACUUGCUGUCCUUGGUGGAGGGCUUGAGCUCGUGACGUGACCCGAAGCUCGAAAUCCAACUCGCCAGGGAACUCACGCCGCCACACCAGAGAGCUCAGAGCCUGGCAACACGAGGGAUCUUGCGGACAGUACUUCAAUCAAGGAAAAUUUGGGAUGAGCGGAGUGGAGCGGUGAGCGCUCACGGAACUGUUCACCCCUCCGCUCCGCAGCUCAAAGCCACACCAGGCCGCAAAUGUUUCAUUUCAAAUUACAAAUUAGGACUAGCCUACGUAAGAACAGGAAUGUAGCCUACACAAAAAGUCCUGUAAAAUUAAAUGAAUAAAUGGGCCUAAUAAUAUGAAUAAAAAUUAUAUGAAACAAAAAUAUACGUAAAUAAAAGUAAUAAAAGUAAAUUAACUAUAGGCCAGAAUUUUGAUAGCUGAACUUUUGCUCAACGCACACGAUAAAAAUUUAAA